AUGGCAUCGCUCGGAAAGAUGCUGGAUCAUAUGCGUGACGUCAUCGUUCCGAAAUUACGCACGGACACCGCGCACAAGGGGUCGCACGGGGGGAAGAUUGCGAUCGUUGGUGGGAGCUCCGUGUACACGGGCGCGCCUUUUUUUGCCGCGUACGGCGCCGCGAGAGCGGGCGCGGACCUGGUGCACGUGUUCACGGAAGCGUCGUGUGCGAACGCGAUUAAGAGUCGAAGCGGAGAUCUGUGCACGCACGCGGUGUGGGAUGAGACGGAGAUGCGCGGCGAAUCAGCGCCUCGGGCGCGCGCGCGCGCGGAGGACGACGCGAAGCGGCGAGUGCGGGAUUUUCGCGUCGAUGCGGUCGUCGUGGGACCGGGAUUGGGACAGUUGGAUCCCGUGAGAACGUCGGUGGGGAUGUUUGGGGACGUCACGACGGUUUUCGACGCGGAUGCGUUUCGUACGCUAACGGAUGAGGCCGCUCGGGAGCUGAACCUGGCGCGCGGGGACAUCGCGACGCCGAAUAAGAUGGAGUUAUGGCGGAUGCUGCGGAACGAUUCGAUGGAAAGUCCGUUCGGUUCAGUGAAGGAGAUAGAUCUUGAGAACGUCGAGCACAGAGAGAUCAUAGCGCGCGAGCUCGCUUCUCGAUUCCGAACGCUCAGCGUGCUCGUCAAGGGAGAGACGGAUUAUUUAUUCAUCCCCUUCAUCCCGAACGGAAUCGCCACGCGCGCGCUCACACGGCCAGAAUUCCUCGAAUUCGGUGAUGAUAGCGUCGCGGUUGAGUACGACAUUUUCGUGGACGACGAACAGUCGGAGUGGGACGCGGUUUGCGUCCGACUUCCGUUUCGAGGCGCUCCGAAACGAUGCGGCGGUCAGGGCGAUAUCCUCUCCGGUGUCCUCGCCGUCUUCCUCAUGUGGGCCCGACGAACAGAAGAAUCGAACCUUACCGAUGGAUCCGCAGACUACAUUGCGUCCAAGUACGCUGACUACAUAGCGGCUGUCGCGGCGGCGUGUUAUCUCGUCAAAGCAUCCGCUCGAGCCGCCUACGCCGAACUCGGUCGAUCGAUGCAAGCCGAGGACGUCCUCGCGCGCGUCGCCAGCCAAUUCUCCAGUCGUCUCGAACCCGACCAACCGCUCGAGCGCAUCGAGUAUUAG